UAUGACCGCAUAAACGCAGGAACUAAACUUUAGCUUGUAGCAGCAAUUGUAGCAUAAUAGCUAAGUUGUCAUAGUCCAAAGUAACAGCUGUCAGAAGCACCUUAUCGUGUAUCUACCGCUUUCGACGUUCAUAUGGAGCUGUAGGCAGGAUUUAUAAACAGAGUGCUGAGGAAUGGUCUGACUGCAGCAGCACCAGUAAAGAUGCAUAGCCGUCUGCAGGAGCUGAAGAAGGAAGAGGAGACUCUCCUUAAAAUCAAAGUGAUGCUGCAAGAUCAACUGAACCGUUUGAAGUUUGAGGAAGGGGCCUUGAAAUCUAUCAUUAAUGCUCAAACAGAAGAAGGAGCAUCUCAACGCCUAUCCCCAGAAACUGAGGUCCAUAUUAACCUUGAUGAUGAGAGCGAGAUCAAUCAAACCAAACUGCUACUGAAUGCUGCUGGAGAUUAUGAUAUGGAGGAGGAGGAGGAAGAAGAUGAUGAUGAGGAGGAGGAAGAUGAAGAGGAUGAUGAAGAAGAUGACAAUGAUCUUGGAUUUGUGCCUGAGGAGGAUGAGGAUGAUGAUGAUUACUGAGAUUCUCAGUGUUUCAUGGGCCUUCUGCAUUUGCACCACUGAGGAAGAACCAUGUGUAAACGGACAGCUGGUUAUUUGUUCACCUGUUUUGUACUAUCACUUAUGAAGUUUAAUUUAUUUGGAUGGAGUGAAUAACAGUUACAGUGUAAUGAUGUGUGGUGCUAACAGUAUCCUCUCCUUUGCCUGAUUAAGGCAUGUCAUCAGGACUUCAAACUAUGUUAGAAUUCAUGUGUCAAACUUUGUGAGAAACAUCUCACUCAAUGCAGUAAAACAGUGUUAUUAGGUGCUUAUAGCUUACUAGAUAUAUUGUGCAUUCUGAACAUAAGAAACUGAGCAGCAAUUCACUUGAGAAUCAGAUGUUGAGAUGUGGCUGUUAGCAUGGAUAUGUAUGGCUGGGCCAUAUAAGAAUAUAGUGUGUAUACACUAUUGUAAGCACAAAAUAAAAUGUUUUGCAUAAGGUU